GCGGUUGUAGUGGCUACCAGACCUAACAGGAAGCAGUUGUGGAUUUGACCAAUCACAUGAAGAAGAAUCUGCAAAGACGCAACCUAGACAGGAGCAGGAUAGAAGGGACUCGUCUUACUAGCAUCUCGUCGGCUAUAGCUACAUUAGCUCUGUCACUAAGUUAAUGCACUUGAUUAACUUUCUAACAACCGGCUGGACGCACAGAGACCGUGGCAAUUUGCUAUCUGCCAGCUCGAUACACAGCAGGAAUUUAAGAGACCGUUCACUUACAAGAUAUAAGGGGAAAUGUGUGCUAAACUGUUUUGGAUACCAAGGACCCUCUUGGCUGCCAGUUUGUCGACUGACAGCUGUCAUCUAGGUGCUUAGCUGAGCUAGCCAGCUAGCUAGCUGGAUGAGCUAACGGCUAAUAGGAGAUUUUUUUUAAAGCUCACAGCCUGGCUAAUUUAGUCAGCCAGUGUUGUCACGAUUUAGAGCGGAAAACUGCGACUUCUUAGCAGCAUUAGACUGCGUCUAUUCUUCGAGUUAUGAGUUAGCCCGGAAGCGUCUGGCAGCAGUAUUUGUUAUAUUUUGAGGUUUAGCUAGUUUAGCUAGCUUUUAGCUUAAAGCUAUCUCACUGCUUUCAUUCAAUUAUUGGGGAACCGACUGAAAAGGCUGCAGCGGCAGCACCCGUACUUCAGUGACUGGGAUUCGACUAUACCAAACUAGUGUCAUUUUCUUGACUGAUAGUCACCUUUUGGAUUAGGGCCCACUUGGGAUAACACCUUGGGAAAUGAAGAAAUUUUUUGAUUCUCGUCGGGAGUUUGCGGGCUCUGGGCCUGGUUCUGGAGCCGGUGGAGGGGUCGCUGGUUCUGGUGGUGGUGGCAGCUUCAUCGGACGGGUUUUCAGCAUUGGACGAUAUCAAGUGACCGUCGAGGAGAUCAUCGCAGAAGGAGGUUUUGCCAUAGUUUUUCUGGUGCGGACACAUCAGGGCCAGCGUUGUGCACUAAAACGAAUGUAUGUCAACAAUGAGCAUGAUCUGCAAAUAUGCAAACUUGAGAUACAGAUUAUGAGAGACCUUGUGGGCAACAAAAACAUUGUUGGUUUCCUGGACUCGAGCAUAACUGCCGUUGGGACUGGGGAUGUGUGGGAAGUCCUAAUUUUAAUGGACUUCUGUAGAGGUGGGCAGGUGGUAAACCUGAUGAACCAACGGUUACAGAGCGGCUUCACUGAGGCUGAAGUAUUACAGAUCUUUUGUGACACCUGUGAGGCUGUCAGUCGUCUUCAUCAGUGCAAGUCUCCCAUCAUCCAUCGAGAUCUGAAGGUGGAAAAUGUUCUGCUGCACGACGGAGGACACUACGUGCUCUGUGAUUUUGGAAGUGCCACAAACCGCUUUCAGAACCCUCAGACAGACGGGGUGGCAGUCGUGGAGGAGGACAUUAAAAAAUACACCACCCUGUCGUACCGUGCUCCAGAGAUGGUCAACCUCUAUGGUGGAGUGGUCAUCACAACAAAGGCAGAUAUUUGGGCUUUGGGUUGUCUCCUCUAUAAGCUCUGCUUCUUCACGCUUCCUUUUGGAGAGAGUCAAGUGGCCAUUUGUGAUGGCAGUUUCACCAUCCCGGACAAUUCCCGCUACUCCCAAGAAAUGCACUGUCUCAUUAGAUAUAUGCUGGAACCUGACCCGGAUAAGAGGCCAGACAUCUACCAAGUAUCCUACUUCGCCUUUAAACUGGCUCGGCGAGAGUGUCCCGUCCCAAAUUUACACAAUUCACCCAUUCCUGCAAAACUCCCUGAGCCUAUCAGAGCUAGUGAAGCUGUGAUCAAAAAGAGUCAAACCAAAGCCAGGAUCACAGACCCAGUCCCUACAACUGAAACCUCAAUUGCACCUCGACAAAGGCCCAAAGCUGGCCAGGCACAGCCUCAGCCUAUAUCGGGCAUUCUUCCCAUCCAGCCAGCUCUCACCCCACGCAAGACUCGCGUGGCUACAGGAGCACCGUCAGCCAUAGGUGUUGGUGUCGGUGUCCCGUCUUCAGCUGUCCAACCGGCUCAACACACUCCUGCUCAGAUUGCUCCACAGCCAGUACAGGCAGCCAGCAUCCAGCCUCAUCAUACACCUCAGCACCAGCAGCUCCUCAUGAUGCAGCAGCAAGUCCCCCCUUUUUUAAGUACCCAGCAGCAUCAACUACAAGGCCUGCAACAUCACCAGCUGCAGGUAGUCCAUGAAACAGCAACAUCUCACCUCACACCCAUCCCAGAGUCCACUGUCAUUGGUCCUGCAGCUGGCCCAGAGACGGUUGGCAGAGGGAUUUCCAAAGCUGGUUCCUUGACACCUCCUUCAUCACCAAAAAUGGUGCCUAAAAGCGGCCACAGAAGAAUCCUGAGCGAUGUCACCCACAGUGCCGUGUUUGGGGUCCCAGUCAGCAAAUCCACACUGCUACUUCAGGCAGCCGCAGCUGAGGCCAGCCUGAACAAGUCCAAAUCUGCCAGCACCACUCCGUCUGGCUCCCCCUGCUCAUCCCAACAGAGUGUGUAUCAUCCAGGGGGUGUUGAUGUGCCGUCUAGUCUUGCUGCUUCGAACCCUCAGCCCAGCUGGAACCCUUUUGGAGAUGAUAACUUCUCGAAGCUAACAGCAGAAGAACUGCUCAACAAAGACUUUGCAAGGCUAGCUGAAACUGCUGAAACAGGAGAAAAAGUCACAGGUUCCAGUGAAAGUCUUAUUCAGGACCUCACUGCUUUUCCAGCAAACGCAGACAUGUGUGUGGAUUCGCUGAUCCCUGGUUUGGAAGCUCCCCAGGCCCAGCGACAUUCGGGCCAGUCAGAUCACACUUCUGCCAGCAUGCCAGACUCUUUCUCUGGAGAGGACUCUCUGCUGGGUUGCGAUCUGUUAUCUCACACUUCUCGAGGAAACCAGUCUGUUUCUGCUCUCCCUUGCUCCUCCUCCUACUCCUCUACUCCUCCUGGCUGUGGUUCUGGAUCCUGUCUGGAGGAGCUGCCACCUGUUCAGGCUGCUUCGGACUCUGCUUUCCUCAUGUCGUGUGGGGAGAAGGGCAAUGAUGACGAGUUUGACCCUAUUCCCGUGCUCAUCUCCAAAAAUUCAAAUCAAGGUGGUCACUCGCGCAGCAACAGUGGCAGUUCAGAGUCCAGCAUCCCCAACUUGGCCCGCUCCCUUCUGCUGGUGGAUCAGCUCAUCGACCUCUAGAGGGGGUGGGAGAGGUCGAAGGGCCAGUGUGCAAUUCUAAAAAAGGGUGGGGGGAGGCUGGAGGGAUAGAGAUGGGCAAGCAGAGGCCCUUAACGCAGCACCUUAUGAAAGGAGGGGAGCCAGAAUGGUUUGGUUUAGCAGAACCAUUCUCUUGCUGUGUCUCCUUGGCAUCAACUCCAUCUAUAUUAGCCUGAUGAGCUGGUUUCAUGUUUCUCUGCGGGCUGUUGACAAAAUCCUUUCCAUUAACGCUUGAGCAUAUCGUCUGCUUCUGUCCCGGCUACGCCAUGAUCUUCCUCUGCUUUCUUCAUACAUGCUUUUGUAUCCCUCAUAAGUGCACGGCCGCUGUGAUCAACCCUCAUUGUAUGCACCGCUCGAUCACAACUACAUCGUGCUCACUGUGUGUGUUUGUCGGGGUUGAAGCUGUGUGAAGCAGCUUACGGUUACACGUCAGAGCUCUGAGAGAGGAGUGAGGUGUGAAAUAAGAGUUGCGCCGCUCCAAAGAUGGAAAGCAGUUAGGAAAGCAGUGGAAACUAAAGCCUGGGGAAGACAGAUUUGCCUACAUGUCGUGGUUUGCUGUUGUGGGAAGAAAAUCAAAAAAUCCUAAACGUAUUUGCAAUGCACUGGAAGUCAGAUCUGUUCUAUUUAGUGGUCCGGUACCAUAGAGCAUAAAUUAGCAGCACCAACAGAGAACAUUUAUCAGCUUCCAAACCUUCAGUGUAAUUGUGUUUUGAAUGUUAAAGUUGUUUGUGCUGCUGUAGCCAUUACUGGGGAUGCUGCUGCUAAGUUGACAUAACAACAGCUGAUUCAGUUGGCUCCACAGAAAGACAGCAUGAAUACAACGGGGGUGUUGUGUCAAGCAUUUUUCUGAAUAUUCAUUCAAUCUUAUGGUCUCGGCCUGUCGCUACUAUGAACACAAACUAAAUUAUCUGAUCUGUAGCAAUGCCAAAGCUUGAAAGAAUUUGCAAUCAUGCCGUUUGCUGCGUGUUGUUGAGCUCUCAGGGUCAUUACAAAUUAGCAGAUUUUUCACACAGCACAACACCGUUACCCAGAGGGAGGCCAUGAUGUUCAUGUGGGAACAGUUCUACAGCAGGUUUUAUGCAAAACUUUGUGUUAGCCAGCUACUCCCUCUUACCGCAUACCUUAAAGCCCUUUGACCAUGGUGACAAUGGUCACUCCAUUAUGUACAUGGAUGUGUUUGUCCUGUCAGCACUGAUCAGUCCAGAUAUUUAAAGUGUAAUAACUAAAGCCAUCUCAUCUCAUCAUGCAAGACUAUUGUUGACAGUGAUGUAGGGUGAAUGUAUAAAUGAAGUACCUUUUGUGGAAUAUGUACAAACAUUUCUAAGAUGUAAAGGAUAUAUAACGGAAAGCAUAUUUGUGUAUAAAGCUGCAUCCAUUAGUGUAAAUGUUGAUCUCCCCCGUGUCCAAAGCCUGUUCAUGUUAUUAAUGCGGCCACAGCUUUGUUUUUCAGUGUCAAUGGAAACAAAGCUCCUGUACAGUGAAGUUUGUCGCACAUGCCCGACAGUAUGUCUAGCAUUGUUUUACAGUUCCUCACAGCAUAUUGUUACAUGUAUAUAUAUUUUUUUUCCAAAAUGGGCCAUAACAGAGAGCUACAGAUAGCAUUUACUUCCUGAUUACUCUGGAAUACCGUUCGCACCUGACUGUACUCUCACGUUUCAUCAAAUGAGGGGGAAAGUUUAAAUAUCUGCAUAAAAGAUGCAUCGGAUGAAUUACAGGGUUAUUAUUUGCAUUUCGGCUUUUUCUUGCCAAGGAAGUUAAACUGCUGUUAUGUUUUAUUUUUAUUUGUUUUUUUGUUUUUUUAACUAUACGUAUCACUUUGCACAAGUGUGAAGCACUGAAUACAGCUAAUCUCCCUCUUGGAAUCACACUGCUACAUAAUUCAACUUUUAGGGAGGAAAUAUCUGUGUUGUAUCUGUGAUUAAUGUUCUUUGCUUAAGAGUACAGUGUGCAAUGGCACAAGGGCUUCUUCUUCCUCUGCUUCUACAUCAGUGUUGGGUUAACUCAUUUGCAUUUAUCUAUGCAAUCCCAUCAUAACCCUGUACUCAUCAGACACAACCGUGCUGUAACCUGUAGCGCUCUCACCUUUGCUGUAGAGAUUUAGUUACCGUUGCUGUGUGGAGCUAACAUGCUGUAUGUCCUGCUCGGGUGGAACUGGUGGUAGGGGACAGAAUAACUUAAGUAACACCUGAAUGUUGGAUUUGGGAAAUGAUGUUUGUUUGUCAGGAUCCUUAACGUGUACUUUUUUACGAAUCAACAUUCGAAAAAGAGACGCACAAUAAUGGGAAAAUAAAGCUCACAAGAUGUAAAUGUCAACUAAUUGUCUUUUGGUCACAUUGAUUUCCAGCUGUGUUGUGCUAUUUUACAUCUUUGUGAUGUGUUCCCUGAAUGUCAGUAGAUAUUUGUUUUAAAACAUUACUGCUGGUAUUCGAAUUACAAAAGCAGCCUCACUGCAUCAUCUUCAGUAGAUCACUCCAAAAUGUCACACAAUGUACUUUUUUUUCCUGAUUUAUUAACCCCAGUCUUGUCUGGGACUUAAGUUGUGGGUACUAUGAAAUAGACAAGUGAUGAGGGAACUGUCCUGUGAAGUAACAGAAACAACUGGUGUUUCCCUUUAAUCGCUACAACUAACAUCUCUGCAAGAGCUGCCAGCUAACAGCUUCUGUCAACACGGCUGAGGUAAGACUGAUCUGUGUCUGCUAAUUCCUGCAAACCUGUCUAAUUUCGCUAAUGCCAUGAAGACCCUUUCCCUUUGUUUUCACAGUAGCACUGACUUCCUGUGAAGUCCUUAACCUAAUCAGUUCUAACUGAAAGCUAAACUCCUGUCCCUGUUGCCCUAACACGAAGCUCUGCUUUAAAAGGUUGAGUGGAGGACACAGCAGCCACAGCUAAGUUGUGUCGUAAAAUGUAAGGUGCUGGUCUCAUUUGUCCUGUGUGAUAUUGUAGUCUCCUUGUUAAGCCAUUCUCUGGUUUGAUGAUCUGAGAGACGGCCCUUUGGUGUGGUCAGAUAAAUGGCUAAAGGGGCCGUCCGGUGCUUCAGACUCUUCUCACUGACGUUGCAGUGUGAUGGAUUUGUUUACAUGUCUUUCCGUCUCUGCUCUCUUGUGCAGAUCUGCAAGGCGACAGCAAC